UGCUAGGCUAGAGCCACUGCAGUCCCAAGUCCUGGGAGCGGGAGAAGGUCGCCGACAUGCCUGAGGCUAAACCAGCGGCCAAAAAGGCCCCCAAAGGCAAGGAUGCCCCAAAGGAAGCCCCAGCACAGCAGACUCCUGCAGAGUCCCCCAAAGAGGCCCCACCUGAGGACCAAUCCCCAACUGCAGAGGAGCCCACAGGCAUCUUCCUGAAAAAGCCAGACUCUGUGUCAGUGGAGACUGGAAAGGACGCGGUGAUUCAGGCCAAGGUGAACGGGAAGGAGCUCCCAGGCAAGCCCACCAUCAAGUGGUUCAAGGGAAAAUGGCAGGAGCUGGGCAGCAAGAGCGGAGCUAGAUUCAUCUUCAAGGAAUCCCAUGAUUCUGCCAGCAAUGUGAGACCCACGAUAGGACCAGAGGCGGGGCUGACUACCGAGCCGGUGCUAAUGGAGCUUUGGCACCCCCUAGAGGGUGGCUGA